AGCCACUCUAGGAGGCUGUGAGUUCAUAUAUAUAUAUAUAUAUCUAUCUAUUAGACGUUAUUCAAACUAUGCUUGCUACAUAGAAUCCUUCUCAUUCAAGCCUUCUUUUGAUAAUUUCCUUCCUUUAUCAUUCUUUUGAAAUUCCUUCAAUUGUUUAUGCUUAGCCAUUCUUUCCUUUUCUUUAAUUUUUUUUUUUUUUUUUUUGGUUCCUGGUACAUAUCCUUCAUGUUAAAUUAACGAUUUGAACAUGAUCUUGAUGCCACCUUGUGCUUACAAAAUCAUUGGUUAAUUCAAAUACAAUUCACCCUCCACUACUUGGUCUUCUAUAGGUUGUCUUGUUUGAUAGUCAUCACAUACAUUGAAGAGACAGUCAUGGCAGAAAUGGAAGUGGAUAGUGAAUUUGGCUGCGGAUUUAUGGGUGGAAUCUUCCAACGCCGGAGCUACUGGCCAAGAAAAACUUCUGUGCGUUCACUCCCAAGCACUGAACAUUCCAAGAGGCAAAGAAGCAGCUCUGUUGAGUCUGCUUGUAAAGCCUCCAAUUUAGCCAACAAAUCUCCACCAAAACUCAAUGAGCAAUCCGCAAAGAAUUCAACUUUGGUUCAUCCCAAGGUUUCUUCAACAACUUCUCACAAAAGAGUUCACGGUCGAAGACCUUCUGAUGCUGCAAGAAGCUCAACAUCAUCCUCCACUAGUUCAGUCCAAACAAAGGUGCCUCAAUCUCCUGACUUGGGUCGUGAAAGAAAGCUAAAAAGAGAGCCCACUAGUAACUCUUCAGAGCUUACUAAGAUGAUCACUGAUCCCCAGCUAUUAAAUGAAAGCAAAGCUCUCAUUCGUUCCACUCCAAGCAAUGCAAUGAUUUUAGGCCACUUGGGUAACUUGAAACAGACAGGGCCUGGAAAAUUGUUAGGAAAUAACAGUCCCAAUUCCACUGUUAGGACAGUGGAUUACCUGUCUAGGAAUCUUAGAGAGAAAAGUUUCAUGCCUAACAACCCCAAAAAUGGCUUUGGAAAGCUUGGUGGCAAUGUUGUCAUGGGCAACAUUGUUAGGAAGAAUAGUGAUGAAUUUGGACAGCUUCGAGGUCUAGUAAACAGAUUAGAUCCAGAGGCUUUUAAGUCCAAGGGAAAUGAGGCAUAUAAGCAGGGUAGAUUUGAUGAAGCCUUGGCUCUAUAUGACCGAGCAAUUGGUCUUGAUUCAAAUAAGGCCACCUACCGUUGCAAUAAGAGUGCUGCUUUGAUAGGUCUAGGCCGGAUUAUGGAGGCUGUUUUCGAGUGCAAAGAAGCUAUUCUAAUUGAGCCAUCAUAUCACAGAGCACAUCAUCGCCUGGCAAAUCUGUAUCUCAGACUGGGAGAAGCAGGGAAAGCAUUGCAUCACUACAAACACGCGGGGGCCAAUGCUAAUUCAGACGACAUAGCCAAAGCUCAAGCUCUUCAAAACCACCUCAGCAUUUGCACCGAGGCUCGUAAGUUAAAAGAAUGGAAUACCUUGCUAAAGGAAACCAAGUAUGCAAUAUCCUCCGGCGCAGACUCAGCACCACAGGUCUACGCUCUGCAUGUGGAGGCCUUAUUGAAUCUUUAUAGGCAUGAAGAGGCCCAUGCUACCUACCAGAAAGGACCCAACAUAAGUAUUGAUUCUUGUACAAGGUUAAUUGGCCCGGCUACUAGUGCUUACAUAAUGAUGAUUGAGGCACGGGUUUACUUGGCAGCUGGCAGGUUUGAAGAUGCUGUUGCAGCAUCUCAACAAGCAGCUAAACUUGAUCCAAGCAACAAGGAGGUGAAUAUAGUGGUAAAGAGGGCUAGGGCAGUGAAAUCAGCCCGGUUGAGUGGUAACUUGCUCUUCAAGGCAUCGAAAUUCUCAGAAGCAUUUGUCACAUAUAAUGAAGGACUGGAAAAUGAUCCAUACAAUGCAGUUUUGUUAUGCAACCGGGCAGCCUGUCGGUCCAAGUUAGGCCAAUAUGAGAAAGCUGUCGAAGAUUGCACCACGGCUCUUAAUGUGCGGCCUUCUUACAGCAAGGCCAGGCUACGAAGGGCAGAUUGCAAUGCCAAGUUGGAAAGGUGGGAAGCUUCAGUUCAAGACUACGAGAUGUUGAUAAGAGAGACUCCUGGGGAUGAGGAGGUAGGCAGGGCUUUGUUUGAGGCACAGGUCCAGCUUAAGAAGCAACGUGGUGAAGACAUUAAAGACCUGAAAUUUGGGUCAAAUUUGAUUUUCAUCACUAGCAAUGAACGUUUCAGACACUUCAUUACCUCACCGGGAAUGUCCGUGGUGCUCUUUUGUAACAAAUCGAACCACAAGCAAGUGUUGCAAGUCCUGGAGCACGUUUGCAAGAGAUUCCCAUCUAUUAACUUCCUCAAGGUGGAGAUUGAAGACCACCCCUACUUAGCAAACUCAGAGCAUGUGAGGUCCAUUCCAGCCUUCAAGAUAUACAAGAAUGGAUCAAGGGUCAAAGAAAUUCCAGGCAACGACCGUGAAAUGUUAGAGAGUUCAGUCAAAUUGUACAGCAGUUGAAGAUAUAUGUAUAAUUGUACAAAAGCAAAACAGGUAAUUCGUGCAUAGCGUUGGACAGGAUCACAGGAAGCAAAGUUUUACAAAGAAUGGGAGCCCAACGCACCAAAUUACACAAAUUGGGCAAAUUGGAAAGAUAUAUAUAUAUUAUUUAUAUGCUGGCAUUGCACAUAAAGUAGAAAAAAGUUGAAGGAAUACGUGUGGUGGUAGAUUAGAAUAUGAAGUGAGAUUUUAGAGUUCUUUGAAUGGCUUUAUGAUAUUUAUUUUGUUGCUUUUGAAUGUUAAUGAUGAUUAGAAUGUUCUGUGACUGGCUAAUUUGGAUAUGUUCAAUUUCUUUGCCGGCAUUAUUAGUGGGAAAAGUUGAGAGGGAACAUUUGUGGUGGUAGAAAAGAUUAUGAAGAUAAGUUUAGUGUGUUCUUUGU